GGAUGAAUGUGGUAAUACCUGGAAAGUUCAUGAACUUGCUGGUGCUGAUAAACAGGCAGUAUAAAGCUGAGAGACUCACAGCACUCGAGUCAAACCUAAACACACAACCAGAGAGACACAGAGAGAUUGAGAAGCAAAACAACAACAGAGAAGACACUGAAAAUGUUGAGCCUGCAUGAAUUUCAGCCUUCCCUCCUCACUCCAUUCAUGAGGAUUCACUGGCCAGUGUGCAGUCUGUGGCCGGAGAUCAAACCUCUUUACAGACACACUGACCUACUGCAGGAGAUGGAGAAACUUCAGCACAAGAUCUCUGAGGAGAUCCAGCAAAUGUCAAACUCUGAGGAGAUCCAGCCGCUCACCUGUACAGUGCAGGAGAAAGAGGGAAGUGGCUUUGUGUUGACACUGGACACUAAAGACUUUUCCCCAGAAGAACUGUCAGUCAAACAGGUGGGCAGGAAGCUGCAGGUGAGCGGAAAGACAGAGAAGAAGCAGGAGGAUGGGAAAGACUCGUACUCGUACAGAAUCCAAGAGUUCAGACGUGUGUUUGAUCUGCCUGAAGGAGUGAAUCCUGAGACAGUGACCUGCUCCAUGACUGAUGGAAAGCUCUACAUACAGGCAUCAGUCAAUCAGAUAUCUGAAACACCUGAGAGGAUGCUGCACAUUCACUGCCCUCAAACUGUGAAGACAACACAGACAGAGACUGAAAAGAUUCAAAACAACACCACUGAAACACACAAGACUGAUCAGCAAUCUUAAAAACUCUCAACAGAAGAUCAACUCAACAGAUUUGGACUGUGUGGUGGGAUUUAAGAUAAACUUUAGCUUUAUAUUACUGAUAUAUUCAUAAUAAUUGUUUUUCUCCACUUUUUGAAUAUGUAAAUGUAAAAGAUUAUUUUGUAAUUAACUGUUUUUAUGGAACUGGAUAAAAUAAAAUUAAUUACAAUGUCAAGGGACAUUAGCGACUUAGAUGCCCUCUUAAGCCCUUAUUAAUGCUAUUGUCCUAUAUGGUUGGAAUGCCAAAAGAGCUUUUAAUGACUUGACUCAGUUUAUUUAAGGAGCGGUGAAUCAAAGAAUCAAAUUUAACUUGAUUUUUUGUUAUAUAAGAGGUUAUUGUAC